AUGCCGCAUCCUCUUCCUGCCACGAGCCUGCUAAGCUUCCUCUUGGUGAUACUCUUGUCACAAUGCCAGGGGAACGCAUUGCAAAGUUGCCCAGCCUACCCAUGGCCGGCUCAUGGCAGGGCCUCACCAUCCCGAGUGAUGGGGCUAGGAGAGCAGGUCGAGAUCACCUGUGAUGUUGGCUACCAACCAAGCUCUCUCGACCUCGUGACUCCCGCAUGCCUAGGGUUCGAUCCAGCCGUGAACGUGUCCAACCUUACAACAGCGGAAGCCCUGGGGUAUUCCCCGGGGAGCUUGUGCAUGCCCAUAAGUUGCGGUCGCUUCCUUCCCCCAGCAAACUCAGAAGUGACGCCGACGGGAGAGGUGUUCUUCAACCAGACCGUCAAGGUGGCUUGCUUGCCGGGGUUCACAGCCUCGGGAGUUUUCGGGUCUUCGGACUCUCCUAGAUGUCAACCCGACGGGUCCUUCACUCUCGCCAUCACCUGCCAGCGAGUUCCGUUGCAAUGCGCCAACGCGUUUGACACCCGCGAGCUCUCGAGCGCGAGGCUGGGGAGCUUUCGCAGGGAGACGUGCCAUCCGAGCGCGGAGUAUUGCGUGUCUGCCUUCUCGCAGGUGUCAGGAUACUUCUGGUACGGCUGUGGACCUCCGAUCGUAGAGGUUGCUGCAGCUAUCAUCCCUGUGCCUGACUGGGAGAACUUGGUCACUGCAGCCGACGGCAUGCUCGGUCGAAAGUCCCCCUCCUGGCUCUCCUCGCACUUCAUCUGUACGGGGACAAAACUGGAAGGAGAAGUUUACAUCGAGUCCAGCGAGUUUGGGGGAGGCAACUGGACGUUCAGCUGCUGCUGCUCUCAGAUGUGCAACCUCGGAUUCAGGUGCGCUCAAGCUCCCUUGGGUCAGCCGCUCUCCUCCGAGUCCAGCGUCUUGACGGCUUCUGCUGAAUGCAAGCAGAGUACUGGAUGCUACCAGUCGAAGCCCUUUCCCAGCAGCCAGUGGAGGUAUGACCCUCUCACCAACCAGCUGCUCCAGACCUACAGCCCAGAACUGGUGGGUCUCAUCGAUUUCAACACGACCUCCAAGCGCCCUCCUGGGUACGGCGAGGACGUGAUCGGUUAUGCUGCCCUCAUGCGAGGGGCGGCGGACUCGUGGGUGGCUGCUGACGCUCCUGUGCUGUUUGUUGACACUUCCCGCGUGUUCCCGUACGCGGCCAAGCUGAAGGCCUGGGAGAUCGUGGCGGAUGCUCCUUGCCAACUGAUGGUGCAAGUGUGGAGGAAGACCGGCAACGCCGACGAGUUUAUGCUAGUUUCCAGCUCAUCUGUCCAAGUGACGAGCAACUACGGCAGUCCAGCUCUGUUCCUGCUGCCAGAAGGGGAGCAGACGGAAGUGGCCAAGGGAGACGUGAUAGGUUGGGGGCACACAGGUCCUGGUCACCUGGUCUACGACGGCGACUCGUUGCAAGCUCAGUCGAUCAAGUUUGUCUACGGAAGUUCAACGAUCGGCGCCUCCCGUAUCUUCAUUUUCUCUGCCAGCAGGCGCUACUCGAUCCGCGCCUUCUUCGACCCCACCCCGCUGGCUGACAGCUGGAUUGUUUCCGCCCCUCAGCCCAAUGGGAGUGGCUGCUACGACUGGUCGCUUUCGCGCUACGGCCUCCACUGCAGCCAAGGCAGCAUGAACAUUCCCGUGGUCAACCUGAGCGACGGCAGCAGAGAAGUCUCUGAGGUUGGACUCCAGCUCUUCGUGGUCGGCUCUAGCGUGUUCGAGUACACCUGCUGCAAGAGCAGCAUGUGCAACCAGCUGCCGUGCGUCAGGGCCGGCAGGUCUUGCGGCCUCUACCCGCGAACCAGCAACGCCAUCGUCACUCCCAACUCUUCCAUCGUCGUUCCCCUCCAGCACGUGAACAUCUCCUGCGUCGUCGGGUACUCGCUUUCCGGAGAACCUUUCCGGAAAGUAGACCCGCAGUGCCUCAAGGACGGCAGCUUCGAGUCAGGCGAGGUCUGUCUUCCUGUUUCCUGCGGGAGGUAUUCUCCUCCUCCCAACGGCAGAGUCUGGCCCCUCCGCCCCAUCCUCUACGGGGAGAACGUCACAAUUUCUUGCGUCCAGGGCUACGAGCUUGUGGGAGGAGGAGCUGUAAACCCUCGGUGCACAGCAAGCGGCAAAUUCGAGGAGGGGAAGUUCUGCUCCUUGCAGAACGGGGGGGCGAUCGUAGGAGUGUCGAUCGCGUUCUUCCUCCUCGUCCUGCUUGCCGGCUUCCUCCUCCUCUUCACGUGCAGGAGGCUUCUCAGUUCCGUGCGCUCAUGGGAGAGGAGAGCUCGAGUCAUUGAGCUGACUUUGUUGACAGAUCCUGAGGAGGUGACGGAUGGAUCAGCGGAGAAGAAGUCGAAGCUAGUGGCAUCGCUGGAGGAGCUUACGAGGAGGUACACAGGCGACAGGAUACGGAAGAGCCGAGGACUGGAGGGGGGUGCUCAGGUGGGAAAUGACAGGCGGAUCAUCUAA